GCGGGAUAGAUUUCCGUACGGAGGACGAUCGUGGUAGUGUGUGCAUGCGUGUAUUCGUGUGUGCACGCGCGCGCGUGUGUGUGUGAGAGUGUGUGUAUUCGCGGAUUGAUCCUCGCUUCGGAAUGAGCGUUUUGUGACUAAAUCUGUGCGCUGGAUCCCCCAGGAAUCCACUUGCUCCCUUUUGUCUUUCUUUACACGUGUGCCCGGUACAGAUUGUUUUUUGUGCACGCGUGUGUGCUUUUGUGUGUGUGUGUUGUGGGGCGCGGACGGUGUAAGAAAAAACGAAUGCAACCGUGCACGGAGGAGUGAAGUUGGAGGAAGACGUCGUGGUGGUGGUGGGGGGGAAGAAAAAAAAAGAAAAAACAGAGCUCCGGGUUUUUGUUGGACUCCGGUUGUUCCUGCGUGACGCACCGAGUCUCCGGGUCGCUCCCCAUCGCGCGCUGGAUGGAUGGGCAUGGGGCAAACGGGAUCUUACUACCGCGGGGCUGAGCGCCUUCUCACCGCCUCCUCACCGCUGCUCCUCAUCCUCAUCAUCACCAUCUCCCUCCUGCUCCACACCGGUGAAAGCCAGGUCCAGACUCCGCAGUGCCGUAUCCAGAAGUGCACCACAGACUUUGUCUCGCUCACAUCUCAUCUGAACCCAUCUCUGGAUGGCUUCGACACUGAGUUUUGCAAGGCUCUGCGGGCCUACUCGGGCUGCACACACCGCACCGCCAAGAGCUGCAGGGGCAACCUGGUUUUCCACUCGGCCAUGCUAGGCAUCAGUGACCUCAUGAGCCAGAGGAACUGUUCCAAAGACGGACCCACGUCCUCGACGCACCCGGCCGUUUCUAUCGAGCCCUGCAACUACCACAGCCGCUUCCAUCAUCACCAGGCUGCACCAACCGCCACAGGCAUAGGGCUCCCCGGUGCACCAGAGCACGCACGGCCCAAUUACCUGUUCUGUGGUCUGUUUGGAGACCCGCACCUUCGGACUUUUAAGGACCAGUUUCAGACGUGCAAGGUGGAGGGGGCGUGGCCUCUUAUUGAUAAUAAUUACCUGUCAGUGCAGGUAACGAAUGUGCCGGUGGUGCAGGGAUCAAGCGCCACAGCAACAAACAAGAUCACCGUCAUCUUUAAACCAUAUCAGGAGUGCACAGAGCAGAAGGUGUACCAGGCGGUGACGGAUGACCUCCCAGCGGCGUUUGUGGACGGCACUGUUGUAGGCGGCACGAGUGAAAUGCGCAGCCUUGUGGUGCUGGAAAAGCUGGCGGGUCGCCACGUGGAGCUGCACGCCGCCUACAUCGGUGUAACGGUGGUGGUGCGCCAGCUGGGCCGCUACCUUACGCUGGCCUUACGCAUGCCCCACGAGCUUGCGAUGGCCUACGAUGACACUCAGGACCUGCAGCUAUGUGUGAACGGCUGCCCCGCCUCAGAGCGCAUCGAGCUGCCUGCACUCGGCCUCCAGCGUGGUCACGCUCCCGCUAUUCCUUCUCUUUCUCCACCUCAGCAGGCCUUCAGCUUGGAGAGCGCCUCCAGGAAGUGCAGCGAGCAGCUGCAGGUCCAGGACAUCUAUUUCCACUCGUGCGUCUUUGACCUGCUCACCACCGGCGAUGCCAACUUCACCGCCGCCGCCUACAGCGCCCUCAAGGACGUGGAAGCGCUUCACCCCGAGAGGGAGCGCUGGCACAUUUUCCCUCACUCCACAGCUGGGUUAAGACUGACAGCGGCCCUGGAUGCACUUCUCGUUUGCUUAUUCGCCGCUGCACUUUUGUAAACAGCGUGGCCAUGACUGACUCAACUUUCAUAAUAAAAUUCACGGAAGCACGAGGGGACUUUGUACACAAUCAGAGCGUUACUUGUAUAUAUUGUGUAGACAGAGGAGGCACGAGACGCUCCUUUGUAUGACUGUAAAUUUGCCAUUUUCAGGAGAGCUGGGGUGCUCUGUGAAUUUUUUUAUGUGUGAAAUGUUUUUUGUGACGUUUGUUUUUUGGUGUCGUCCUUGCGAAAGGAAGUCUGAAUGGAAGCACUUUAUUUUUAAACUUUGUUGCGACUACAGAACAGUGUUCCACCGAACCGCAGAGCUGAACAGUCUCGGAUAGCUUGUCUUUUUAAUCCCAGCGAGUGCUUUUUUCAUACCCUUUGCUUGUGUCUGUAUGUAGAUAGGACUUGCCUCACCUAUGGUACUUCACAAAACAAAGUGACAGUUGGUUCUUUUCAUGAGUGCAGUUACUAGUACUGUAGUAAAUAGUAAACGUGGCUAGAUUUCCAAGGAUCACAGUUGUAACACAACCGCAGUAUCUGUCUAGAAAUCAUUCCUUGUUUGUAGUCUAGAGCUCAAUAUUGUUGAUAGACAUUUGUGUAAGUGUUGAGUAAAAUAUGAAGAAUUCAAACCAACACAGCAGACAUGGGUUGAAGAAAAAAACAGGGAUCUUAAUAGGAACUGUUCAGCGUUCUGUUAUCCAUUCGGCAGAUCUGAUUUCACUUCUUUGGUUUUGAUUCAGUCCUGCGUUUCAUCUGUAACAAUCAGAAUAUCUCUGGACCCCACACGAGGGCCAAACAUUUUAUAGAUGGACACAUAUUUGCCUCUUAGUGCCGAAAUGGUUAGGAAUGAAAACACACUGAAGAAAUUGGAUUGCAAAAAACAAAUACAAAUUUAAUAGGAACUGCAGCCUUCCCUUCAGCCACAUUUGACUCAUACCUAAUGAAUGGCCUUUUUUUUUUAGUCUCUUUAUUGCCAAACAAACCAACCUGGUCCUCCAACCAAAGAUUUCGUGUCACUCAAUUCUAUUCUUUAUACGAGUGAAUUCAUUUUUGCUAUUAAGGAUAGUCACUGUGAUUGCAGACCCGAUUGGCAUUUCCAACUAUGAUUGGCAUGGAAAGCAUGCUUUGCCCUCUAACAUCAUGCAGGAACACAACUUAUAUAAAACCCUCUUUUGGAUUUUAUCAGCUUGCAUCUAAGAAUGCCUUCUUUUCUCCCCAGGAGAUGCUUUUUUUGGUUUCUUCUAAACAAAGCUCAAGAUGUUUCUCCUUAUGCUUAGCAUUUACAUUAAACUGACUAUGUCAGCAAUGCUUCUUUACUAAACAAAUCAACACUCCCACCCUAACAAAAAAAAAAAAAAAGACUUGCUACUGUAGACUCAUAUUUGUACGUUCAUUUGUUUUGCAACUACUGCCAGUGCUGAAGAGCUGCUAACAUACUGUGACUAGAUUUUAUUUGGAACACUGGGACUCUCUGUGAUUGGCCAAAUCCUUGAUGAUUAUUAAUAGGCCAAAUCCUAACUAGGCUUGAUUUCGCCGCAUAAUAGAAAAGACCAGAGCAAAGCAUCUGAGUGCAAUUAACUGCAAAGAUAAGCCUUCAUCCUGUGUUUUUGCUUUGUUGCGUUUGAUCUUGUGAUUUUUUUUUUUUUUUGAGUGAAAUCUGUUUUUUUGUGAAGAGUGACUGCUUAAUGUUUAUACUUAAAUUAUUUAUGAAAUAUAGUGUAUUGUUAGAGAAGGUCCAUAUUCAUGCUGUUUGGAGAAAAAGAAAAGAAAGAAAAAAAACAUUUCAGACGUGAUUGUACUGCCACCUAGUGGACCACCGUUGUUACAUCAGUGUUUUAGUAAAGUUCUGGAUGCGGCGAUUAAAAACAUGGAGGGAAAAAAAAGUGUUUUAUUGAAAAACAUUAAAAGAAAAGACAGACA